CUACGUAGUACGAGUGCCACGCCAUAUCAUUCGGUGACUCGGUAGUAGCGUCUUUUCACGGACCAUCACUAUCAUAUUGCUCAACGAACUUUCCGCUUGUUCACUGCCGCAAAGCAAAUGAACACCUUACCACAAGAGCACCGCAGAACGGUGGUGUCGUCCGGCGUGUAUGACGGUAGCGCGAGCGUCAACAAGAAGCUGGACCGUUCCCCCCACCCAUUUUCUCAACAGGCAUGUUGAUAUGGUCUUUCCAUCUGAGCUGAUGCUCCAGGGAGAACUAGCCUCCCUGACAAGUACAUAUUGGAGCUGCCGCUCGACCAUUACGAAGUUUAUCGACUAUGCCAAGACAUUCGUGAAUAAGCUCGAGAUGCAAAGCGAUAUUGCCGCUGUCAGUUUGUUCGACCCGGCGACAGACGCCGGGUUCAGUCUGGAUACACGAGGUGUUCUCACCUUCGUCGUCGACAAAACGGCCUACGAACGCCUCGGUCUAGCGGGGACACAGAUGCGUUGGAGUGGAUGUGACGACAUGUACCUCAUUCAAUGCACGCUAUCUGAAGGUGUGCCAGAUGAUCCUGCCACACGGAAGUUACACCAAUACGGGCCAAAACAGCAAGCUGCUAUAACUCAAUGGGACGCGGAUCACGGACUCUGGAAUAUCUCAUAUUACCUACGAGACGCCGGACCAAACUCAAUUCCAAUUGGGGGAUCGACUGAGCAUGUCGUCAGACCAUCCAUAUCUCGAAGGGCUCAUGUGCACGUUCCGGAACCUACCCUGUGUUCAUGCCCGAACUCGGAGGAGGAACGCGAGGAUUGGGAUGAAGAAAUAUCCGCUCUGUUCGAAUGGGUAGGUAUGUCAUGUCUUGGGAGCCAGAGACUACUCGCAAGCGACAGCUGCGACCCGUACAUAGCGAUGUACGCCUCGCCAAGUCCAUCUCAUGUAACGGAUACUGUGCAUAUCCGGUGGCGUGGAUUGCUGUCUCCAGCAUUCACUCGGAGCAUAGUUGGCAGCAUGCUUAAAGCAUGUCUUCCUCGACCCGCAUUCGCUGCUGUAACGAUCCACGGCAUGCCGACUGCUCCAGUGACUUACAUCCCGCCAUCGUCGUCGUUGCGGACGCCGAUGCGACUCCCGCGCCCUGAGUCAGAGGACACAUGGUCUUUGCUUGUGUCGAGCCACGGCGACGCACAACGCGGUACUUCUAACUGGGUCCUUGCUGAAAGCAUCGGGAAAUGGGACUCGAGGUGGGGAUGAGCGAUGUGGAUUGCGUUGCCAAAUGCGUCCCGCCGUGCUCUCAACUGAUAUACGCUGUCCACCCAGAGGCUAUCUCAAAAUCAUAAUAGCUUUAUGUGAUGCCUACUGCGAGCACCGAUGCUGUUGACACACUGGUUGACCCAGGUCCUCGAUGGCAC